ACCGACUCCGACCUUGACUCGAUAUACGAGUCAAGUAGAGGCCAAGUUGAUCCUCGGUUUUUAUAUCGAGUCGAUGUCACGCGUAGGGCCUGGUGGGGUCUGGCGUCUGACCUUGCCGAAACCCUUUUUUAGACUGGGCGUGUAGAAGUGCAGAGCCAGAGUCUGCACCCAGUAGCUCGACCACUCCUCAUUCUCCCCCAGCCAUGACCGCCUCGGAGGGCACGCCCCUCCUCGCAAAGACUCAGCCCACUCCUUUGCCCUGGUUCCAGCUCUCCAUCCUGCUAUGGGUGCAGCUGGCAGAGCCGAUGGCCUCCCAGGUCAUCUAUCCGUUCGUUAACAAGCAAGUGAGUGAACUGCCUAUCACUGGCGGUGACCCCGAAAAAGUAGGCUACUACGCCGGAUUAAUAGAAUCGCUCUUCUUUGUCACGGAGGCGUUCACCGUCCUGCAAUGGAGUCGGUGGUCCGACCACGUCGGUCGCAAACCAGUCCUCCUCACUGGCCUGUUCGGCCUCUCGCUGUCCAUGGUCGCCUUCGGAAUGUCCACGACGUUCUGGGGCCUCGUGGCCAGUCGCUGCCUCGCGGGCCUCUUGAACGGCAACGUCGGCGUCAUCAAGAGCAUGAUGGGCGAGCUGACGGACUCGACGAACGUCGCUCAGGGCAUGGCCCUCAUGCCCGUCGUGUGGUCCACCGGAGCAGUAGUUGGCCCUCUUCUGGGCGGUUGGCUCUCGAACCCUUACGAGCGCUUCCCUAGUACAUUUGGGCGCUUCGAGUUCUGGAAGACGUACCCCUACGCACUCCCGUGCUUUGUGGUAGCCGCAAACUGCGCGUUCUCAUGGCUCCUGGCAUUCCUGUUCCUUGAGGAGACCGUCAAAGUCCGCAAGAACAAGUCCUCCGCCUCGUCCGACGUCGAGACCACCAACGACGAAACCACCGCGCCCACGCCCACACCUUCCGGGCCCCUCCCCAUCCGCGAAGUGCUCACGGGCCGCGUCGUUACCGCGAUCAUCAACUACUCCCUGCUCGCCUUCCUCGACAUUGCGCUGCGCGCCCUGCAGCCGCUCUUCUACACCAUGCCCAUCCGGUACGGCGGGCUAGGCUUCUCGCCGCCGGUCGUCGGCCUGUGCCUCGGCGCAUUCGGGCUGCUCAGCGGGCUGUACCAGGCCUUCGUGUUCUCCCCCGUGUACGACCGCUUCGGGACGAAGAAGGUGUUCGUCACCUCGAUACUGACGUUCGUGCCCAUGUUUGCGCUGUUCCCGCUCAUGAAUUUGUCGGCGGUGCACCAUGGAAUCAAUGCGCUGACGUGGGUCGAGCUCGGGUUCCAGGCGAUCCUUUACGUCCUCAUGGACAUGGGUUUCAGCUGCGCGUUCAUCUAUAUCCGUGCCGCAGCCCCGAACAAGCGGGUCUUGGGCGCGACGAACGGGCUCGCCCAGACGAGUAUCUCGGUCGUCCGUGCUAUCGGACCCGCGCUCUCGACAUCCCUAUUCUCGUUGUCCCUUGAGCGGAAUAUCUUGGGCGGGUCGUUCGUGUACGUGGUCAUGGUGAUCCUCACGGUCGGCGCGCUGUACGCCACGACGUAUUUGCCCAAGAAGAUUUGGGACGCUGCUCAGGACCAGGAAGAAGACGACGAGUAG